GCAGAAACCAAACAUUUUUUGGAGGAGAGCUUCGAUUAUGCCAUCUAUGGCUACUGAAAAUUCAGACGUCUCACAGGCUGAACAAAUCAAACUCCAAGCUAAUGAAGCUUUUAAAGCCCAUAAAUAUUCUCAGGCAAUUGAUUUAUAUACACAAGCAAUCGAACUAAAUAGUGAAAAUGCUGUAUAUCUGGCGAAUCGAGCUCUAGCUCAUACUAAGUUGGAGGAAUAUGGAAGUGCAAUACAAGAUGCAUCCAAGGCUGUUGAGAUUGACCCCAAGUAUUCAAAGGGUUAUUAUCGGCGUGGUGCUGCAUAUCUUGCAAUGGGAAAGUUUAAAGAAGCACUCAAGGAUUUCCAACAGGUGAAAAGAAUAUCUCCCAAUGAUCCGGAUGCUUCUAAGAAACUGAAGGAAUGUGAGAAAGCUGUUAUGAAGCUUAAAUUUGAAGAAGCAAUUGCUAUACCUACCACUGAACGGCGUUCAGUAUCUGAAUCUAUUGAUUUCCGUACUAUAGAUGUGGAGUCACAAUAUGCGGGUGCAAGAAUAGAGGGAGAUGUAGUAACGCUAGAAUUUAUGAAGAAAAUGAUGGAUGACUUCAAGAAUCAGAAAUGCUUACAUAAGCGGUAUGCCUUCCAGAUUGUUUUACAGAUCAGGGAAAUUCUAAUGGCCUUGCCAUCUCUUGUUGAUGUAAAGGUCAUAAAUGGAAAGCAUUUCACAGUUUGUGGUGAUGUACAUGGUCAGUUCUUUGAUCUGUUAAACAUCUUUGAGCUAAAUGGCCUCCCCUCCGAUGAAAACCCCUAUUUGUUUAAUGGUGAUUUUGUUGAUCGGGGUUCCUUCUCUGUGGAGGUUAUUCUCACGCUUUUUGCAUUCAAGUGUAUGUCUCCAUCAGCAAUUUAUCUUUCUCGUGGAAAUCAUGAAAGCAAGAGCAUGAACAAGAUAUAUGGCUUUGAGGGCGAGGUCAAAUCUAAGUUGAGUGAUAAAUUUGUGGAACUCUUUGCGGAAGUUUUCUGCUAUUUACCUUUAGCUCAUGUUAUAAAUGAGAAGAUAUUUGUGGUUCAUGGAGGACUUUUUAGCACCGAUGGAGUGAAGCUCUCCCAAAUCAAAGCAAUUGAUCGUUUUUGUGAGCCCCCUGAAGAAGGCUUGAUGUGUGAACUACUAUGGAGUGAUCCACAACCCAAUCCUGGAAGAGGACCUAGCAAGCGUGGUGUAGGUCUCUCGUUUGGCGGAGAUGUCACGAAAAGAUUCUUGAAUGAUAAUAAUCUUGAUUUGGUCGUGCGAUCUCAUGAGGUUAAAGACGAGGGCUAUGAAAUUGAGCACGAUGGAAAACUCAUCACUGUUUUUUCUGCUCCAAACUACUGCGACCAGAUGGGCAACAAAGGUGCUUUCAUUCGUUUUGAAGCCCCCAAUAUGGAGCCGAAGAUUGUAACGUUUUCAGCCGUGCCACAUCCGGAUGUGAAGCCGAUGGCCUACGCCAGCAACUUUCUUCGCAUGUUCUCUUAGUACUGUGCUCGUGCUAUCAUUUCGGCACACAAAGUAGGUUGCUUCUCUCAUCUAUAACUGCACAUAUCGGGUUGCGGAACUCCGGAUACGCAUUUUGUGUUACUGUUUUUUUUUUACUGUGGUAACUUUACAUCAUGGGGGUAUUUUACCAUUUUUGUUGAACUUAAGUCUCGGUGUAAGAUCUGGUCGCUAAAAUGAAAUUUUGAGCACUUAUUGUUGUAGCUUUGUUGAAGAAAAAGUAGGGAGGGUCUUUUUUGGGCCAAUCUUGAAAGCAUGCAACAAUGCCAUUGCGAUGUUCUGA